UAACUGCUUUAUUCAGUGAAGGCUACUCGCGCUGUGCAUGAGUGGUAGGUGGUCCAAACGACACAUGUUUGUAGGGAAUUCUGAUGCUCUGGUGACAUGAGGAUAUUUGGAAAGAUGGCGACAGUGGUGGCAAUGUCGGUAGUGGUGAUGACUCUGAUGGUGGUACAGGAGAACAAUGCAGCGCGAAUUUUAAUGGCGGUGCCCAUUGGAUCCAAGAGCCACGGAAACUUCUACAUGCCCCUCGCGGAGGAGCUCGCCCGGCGGAACCACACGGUCACUUAUGUAACAGGAUAUGAGAUGUCCAGCAGCCACCCAAACAUCAGAGUGGUGGUUGUGCCCGACGUGAAUAUAUACGAGAAAAUGCCAAACCUUUUCACCACGGACACAUUCACUGCUAUGGAUGCCAUCUAUGACGACUUGAAGGAGGUGUGCAUCAAGGCCCUGGCCUUCGAGGCAGUGCAGAGACUCAACGACGAGAAGUUUGAUCUACUCAUCCUUUGUGCUGCUCUGACUGAAUGUUUCCUUUCAUUUGCACACAAACUGAAGGUUCCGUUCAUCUACAUCUACUCAAACAAGUUUGUUGGAGCAUAUGCUGCAUUAGCAGGAUCACCGCCCUUCCCAUCCUUGGAGGCCAACUUCGCGCUUGAUCUGGAGUACCCUCUCACCUUCACGGGACGCAUGAUGAGCACUGCUCAAGACCUAUUUGAUGUGUUGUUCAACGACUGGGUAUUUAUUCCAAGUUGGGAUGAUGAGUGCCGCGCCCGCAAGCUGUGCCCUGCAGACAUGCCCUAUUUGGGGGAACUACGAUACAACAGCAGCCUUUUCAUUGUCAACAGCGUGAGGACGAUGGAGAAACCAACCUUGCCCUUCACGCCCACCUUGGUGCACGCCGGAGGAAUACACUGUCGACCCGCCAAACCUCUCCCUGAGUCAUGCGCUCCCUCUCGCCAUCAGGACCUGCAGCAGUGGAUCGCUGGAGCUGGGGAACCGGGAUUCAUAUUCUUCAGUCUGGGAACCUUAAUCAAAUCUUCCGAUAUGCCAGAAAAGUACCUGAAGGUGUUGGUAGAGGUGCUCGGGUCCCUACAGCAGAGGGUGCUGUGGAAGUGGGACAAGGAAACCAUGGAAAGCCUUCCACCCAACGUGCGGCUGGUCAAGUGGGUCCCGCAGCAGGAUAUUCUCGGCCACCCGCAGCUUCGCCUCUUCAUAACACACGGGGGUCUGUUCAGCACUCAGGAGGCCACCUACCACGGGGUGCCAAUUCUGGGCAUUCCAGUCGCCAUUGAUCAACACUACAACAUGCGGAAGGUGCAAAAAGAAGGCUGGGGACACGUCUUGUACUGGGAAGACCUUACCUAUGACAACUUGCGAGGACACAUCUUGCAGCUCAUGGAUGACAAAAGGAUACUGGAUGAAGUUCACCAGCGCUCCAGGUUGAUGCGAGACCAGCCAAUGUCACCAACAGACUGGGCGACAUACUGGGUGGAAUACGUCCUGAAACACCAAGGAGCAAGCCACCUCCGUUCUCCAGCUGUGUACAUCCCUUGGUACCAGCUGUACAAUGCGGACGUGUGGGCGCUGUUGGUUGUGACGACGAUGUUGACCACAAGCCUGAUGUCUUGGCUGUCCUUUAGGAUUCUUCGAGCGCUGAUUCGCUGGUGCUGCGCUUCAAGGAAGACGAAGAAGGAAUGAACCCAAUCGUGCCUUUAAGAUUUUCUGCCUAAUAGAAAAGUACAUAAAAGAGAAAAAAUAAUAUAUACGACUUAUAGGAGAGAGAGAGAGAGAGAGAGAGAGAGAGAGAGAGAGAGAGAGAGAGAGAGAGAGAGAGAGAGAGAGAGAGAGAGAGAGAGAGAA